AUGAUAGGAUCACACCAGCACCACCUGAUCAAGGAGGGUAGAAAGGAGAUGAAAAGGUACGGCCUUCUUUUCACUUGCAUGGCCUCAAGAGCUGUACAUAUUGAGACUUUGGGUUCAUUGAGUACUGACGCCUUCAUCAAUGGCCUCCGAAGGUUUCUGGCUUUGCGUGGUCCAGUACGCCAACUUCGAUCGGACAGAGGAACAAAUUUCAUUGGAGCAGAAAAUGAGUUUGAGAAAGCUUGGGCCAAGGUUGAUCACCAGAAGGUUAGAGAAUUCCUGUUGAGAGAUGGAUGCGACUACGUGCAGUUCAACUUCAAUGUUCCUUCGGCGAGCCACAUGGGCGGGGCAUGGGAACGACUCAUUCGGUCCACCCGCAGCAUCCUACAAACCUUGAUGCAUCAGUCUGGCCUUCAGCUCGAUGAUGAGUCUCUGCGUACAUUCCUGUAUGAGGCAACAGCUAUCAUCAACAGCAGACCAUUGACAGUUGAUCCCUUGAGCGACCCCACCAGUCCAGAACCCUUGACCCCUAAUCACUUACUAACCAUGAAAUCAAAGGUUCUUCUUCCCCCUCCAGGAAACUUCCAGCGAGAGGACUUGUAUUCGACAAAGCGAUGGAGGAGGGUGCAACAUCUCAUCAAUGAGUUCUGGACGCGUUGGUGGAGAGAGUUUCUGCAGAGUCUGCAAGCUCGCCAAAAGUGGACCCAACCCCGGAGAGAAGCUUGCAUCGGCGAUGUUGUGAUCAUGAAGGAUGAGGACACCCCACGGAAUCAUUGGUUACUGGCACGGAUCGAAGAAGUCUACCCGUCUGAUGACAGGCACGUCCGUAAGGUGAAACUGGUAAUGGGUGACACACAGAUCGACAACCAGGGAAAGCGCAUCAAGCCUCUCCGAUUUCUGGAGCGCCCAAUCCACAAACUGGUUCUUAUUCUCCCAGCAGCGCCUUAA